GGUUCUGUAGUUCCCCGGGCGCCCGGCUCCCUCGCGUUAGUCUUGCUAUGUUGUGAUCACGUGGCCGACUUCGGGCGCGGCGCUUGUUUUGGUUUUUCUUUAGCUUGCCUCUGGAAGCUUUGGGGUGAACAAUUUUCCUGCACCGGUUGCCGUGCCUGCCUACAUCCAGACCUCUUCUUCGGGCUCUCUUAGCCCGCAGUUCUGCAUGCCCCUUGGGGCGGGUUCCUGCCAUGCCGUUGGUCCGCUACAGGAAAGUGGUCAUCCUCGGAUACCGCUCUGUAGUCCUAAAGGACUGAGGAUGUGAAUGUGGAGGGAUGUUUUACAUACUACUUCUGCACUUUACAGGGAAGACAUCUUUGGCACAUCAAUUUGUGAAAGGCGAGUUUUUGGAAGGCUAUGAUCCUACAGUGGAGAAUACUUACAGCAAGAUAGUGACUCUUGGCAAAGAUGAGUUUCACCUACACCUGGUGGACACAGCAGGGCAGGAUGAGUACAGCAUUUUGCCCUAUUCAUUCAUCAUUGGGGUCCAUGGUUAUGUCCUUGUGUAUUCUGUCACCUCUCUACAUAGCUUCCAAGUCAUUGAGAGUCUGUACCAAAAGCUACAUGAAGGGCAUGGGAAAACCCGGCUGCCAGUGGUGCUAGUGGGGAACAAGGCAGAUCUCUCUCCAGACAGAGAGGUACAGGCAGUUGAAGGGAAGAAAUUAGCAGAGUCCUGGGGUGCGACAUUUAUGGAGUCAUCUGCUCGAGAGACUCAGCUGACUCAAGGCAUCUUCACAAAAGUCAUCCAGGAGAUUGCUCGUGUGGAGAAUUCCUAUGGGCAAGAGCGACGAUGCCGUCUCAUGUGAGCCUUCGGGUGUGGGGUAACUCCCUUGUUGCUGCCCCUAGCACUUGCUGGGUUCCACUGGGGGACAGACCCUCUGGACUUCAUGGAUAGCUGCCAGCUAUUCCUAGCCCUCUGGGCACACAGUGUGGUACCUCAUAUUUGCACACUCUCCACAGGCUCCAGUGGUCUGGGUGUCAAUGUUUACAAAGGGCAAGGAUGUCUCAUGGGCACUGGCCUCUCUAGACCGUUUUUUCCUCUAAAUGAAUUCUCUUAGAACCUGUGGGUUGGUAUAUGAGUCCUGGGCAUUGUUUAUCCAGGACUCAUCCUCCUGUAUAGGUUUUUGGUGUUGCCUGGGCAAGAAGAGCUAGGGACUCCUGAAGAAGAGUUGGCUCCCUGGUGUGACAAUGUAUAUAUGCAAAUAAACUGAGAAAUCUUUU